UUUUCUCUCUAAUGUUAAGUGAACACUGUCAGACUGGCUGCUGCAGGUCAUGAACACAUAGUCAUAAAUAGAGAUGAGAACCUGUUACAGAUAUCAUGUUUUAUCCUCUGGAGCAGCGCUGCUUGUUCUCUGUUUUGGUCUGUGUGUUUGGGGUGAUGAGAACACAGUGACAGAGCGCAGAGCUGCUGGGAGUUCCCUCAUUUUACCACUCGGACAUCCAAAAGAAUCUGUCUCAUUCGCAGAGUGGAAAUAUGGAGCGAAGAUAAUUGCAGUAUAUACACAGGGACAAGUUCACAUUGAUGAGCCGCUGUUUCAGUUCAGUGGAAGGUUAAAGGUGGGCAGUGAUGAUCUUAGUGUAGAAGUGACAGAUCUUCAGCUUCAAGACUCUGGACGUUACUCCAUUGUUGCAGAUAAAUCUGGAGUGCAGUUACCAACAAAGACAAUCAGUCUGACAGUCUAUGGUCUGUGUGUUUGGGCUGAUGAGAACACAGUGACAGAGUGCAGAGCUGCUGGGAGUUCCCUCAUUUUACCACUCGGACAUCCAGAAGAAUCUGUCUCAUUCGCACAGUGGAGAUAUGAAGGGAAGACAUUUGCAGUAUAUAGAAAAGGACAAGUUCACAUAACUGAUGAACUGCAGUUCAGUGGAAGGUUAAAGGUGAACAGUGAUGAUCUUAGUGUAGAAGUCACAGAUCUUCAGCUCCAGGAUUCUGGAAGUUACUCCAUUACUGCACAUAAAUCUGGAGUGCAGCUACCAACAAAGAUAAUCAAUCUGACAGUCUAUGCCGUGCUUAAGACUGAGAUUGAGAGCAGUCAGACCUGGGUGGAGUCUAAAAACAGCUGUGAAGUUCAUCUUCUUUGCAAAGUGCGAGAAGCUGAGAAGGUGUCCUACACAUGGAGCGGCUAUAAGACUGACAGUGGAGCUGGGCUGCACUUCACUCUCUCACCAGCAGAGGGAGAUGUUACACUGAGCUGUACUGCAGCCAACAGUUACAGUAACGAUACUAAAACAAUGAAAGUGACCUGUAAUCCAAGCAAGACCCCUACAGUGUUCAGUCUGCUCAGUAGUUUAAUGGCAGUGUCUCCGUAUCUGCUGGUGUCCAUCGUGCUGGGGGUCAAAUGCUGCAGAGCUCGAGCUAAACCUGAUGAGGAGAAAAGAGCACAUGCAGUGAUAGAAGAUGGAGCAUGUUGACAAGAGCUUUGCCAAGAUUUUAAAUUCAAUUAUAAUCUUGGGUGCUUUAAAACCCCAGUUGUAUGGAUUGCUUGCAUUACAUCAGUGUUUAAUAAAGCUAUUAAAUGAAUAACUUCUUGCGCUAAAACUUUAAUCAGGUUUGUUUAUGCUGUCUGUGCAGGUGUAGUGAUGGACAGCUGUGGCGCUCUCAAAUCAUAUCAAAAUGAUUUCACUAAGCAGUAAACUUUAAUGCAGUUUAAUGUCUCUUUUUGAUAGAUUUUAAAAGAGAUGUUUUUUUUUUGUUUUUUACAUUCCACCCAAUGACUGCUGGGAUAGGUUCCAGCUCCCCCGUGACCCAGAAGGAUAAGUGGC